GGUGGUCUGUCAGUACUCAUAUGUACCGUCGGAUCGGGAGCAGCUCGAAGACCCCUCUAUCAAUGAGUGUCGCAGUCUCUGUGACUGUCUCUCUCUCCCCCUUCCCCCUUGUCUGUCCUCGUUCGCCCCGAAUCCUGAAUCAUCGACUGAGCUGACUACUGACCCACCAGCCCCUCCCUCGAAUUACACGACACUCCCUCCAUCCAUCGCCAUCUCUCUUCUUCUUCUUCUUCUUCUUCUUCUUCAAGCUUCAUGCCGCAUGACCCCUGAAAGCUCCGAAGCGCUCGUUCUUUCCUGUGGCUCUCGCUCUUUUCUCUUCUCUUCUCGAGCUCGACUUCUUCUCUGUGUCUGUCUCUUCUUUUGGUGCGUCUGUCGCUUCUUGCGGAACUCAAUCCAUCGCGCUCUCGACAUCGAGUGGAAGUGGAAGUGGGGGAUUCGGGGCUGUGUCGAAUUUCGACAGCGAGCGGCGGGUUGGUUUGGAAGGGAGGGAGUCCAGCUGUGGAUUCGCACGUUUCUUGCCGUGCAGGUGGAGACGGUCGUCGACGACCCUCGAGGGCAUGGAUCUCUUGCGCGGCUGUGACAGAGUUGGAGCUCGUGAAUGAAAGGAAGAAGGGAAGGCGACGCACCGAGAGGAACAGGAAGAGUGAGUUGAGUUGAGCUGAGCUGAGCUGAGGCGGAGUGGAUUCGUGGUGGCAUUUAUCGAAAGCGGUAGCGUUAGUGUUUGUAAGGAGAACGGCGUUUGGGGAUGGCAAGAUGACGAGGAGUGGGGUGGGGUGUUUGGGGCGGGCUCGAAGGAUGAUGGUGUGACGUAUGCGACUGAGAGGAGGUGCCAUUCAUUCGCCAUGGAGCUCAAGAGGCCGAGCACCAGCAGCGUAUCAGUGACCGGGAGAUGGCGAGGCGUUCUGCUGUGCGUCAUUGUGCUGACGCUCAUCUUUGUCGUGCAAAUGCUCUUCGUCCAGUUUCGAGGAGGGUUCGGCUCGUUUCUCGGCGGCGAGAGUCUAGCGCGCACCUCGUCGCGGAUGCACGGCGUGUACAGCUCUCAUAACAUGUCGUUGCUGAAAUUUCCGAGCUCCGACAUCUCCGUCGCGUUGCUGGUCACUGCGCGCGCCGGGCUGGAGAAAUCCGUCUCGCAGGUGCCGUUUCUGCAAGUGUGUUUGCCAUCGCUGCUGAAAACGAUCGAGCCUCGGGGAAGGUAUGUCUACUCCAUCUACUUCGGCUUCGAUCUCGACGAUCCUAUUUACGACAACACCACGAACCUCGACUACAUUCGCGAUUCGUUCGACGAUUUGUCGAGAGGCUACUCGCUCUCGCUCAAGUUCUUCCGCUACAAUGGCACCAGGGGCAAGCCGGUCUGGGCCUGGAAUCGGCUGGCCCGAGCAGCGUAUCGCGACGACGCCGAUUACUUCUAUCAGGUGAACGAUGAUGUGAAGUUCGUGUCCAACAAUUGGACGACCAAGUUCGUGCACGCGCUGCGGUCCAACAAGGUGUUCCCGGGGCUCGGAGUGACAGGGCCAUGCGACCUCGGCAACCCUGCGAGGCUGCUCUUGACUCAGAGCUUCGUCUCGCGCGUGCACCUGGACGUGUUCCGGCACUUCUACCCUCCUCUCUUCCGCAACUGGUUCUCGGACGAUUGGAUCACUCAGGUCUACCAUCCGGAGCAUCUGUUCAAGUUCUCCACUGUCUAUGUCAACAACACUCUGGUCCAGAGCACUCGCUACGACAUCGAUUAUGCCGGCGAGAAGGUUCUGAAAACUCUGGUGAGCGAUGGCCGUGCUAGUAUCGAAGAGUUCCUCCAAAGCAACCCCAUCCCCAUCGUCCCUCCUUUGCUCGCCAUUAAGAAUGGGAAUGAGAAGAAGAAGAAGUCAAUUUUAUUUCCCGAGAAGGACAAGACGAGGUGGAGAUAGCGAUUGUGACUCACUUCUCUCUACAAACCAGCCUUACUCCCGAAAUGUGCAGAUCAGAUCAGACCGCCUCGACGACUUGCUUCCUUGCGGUCUGCAAGUCGUCCUGUAGUCGCAGAGGAAGAAUUCGGGAAAAGGUCAUUGAAUGCGACGAGCGUCUCCACCCUCUCUCUCUCAUCACCUCGAGACGACCAGUUUUCUCCCACCUCUCCCACUCUGGAGUCGAAAGAUGUGAAAUCAUUAGAGAGUGCACUGCCCACAGCGCUAUGAUCAGUCGCUGCAAUUUCGAGGUAGAUGUCGCCAGAGGGGUCGGACCACGUCUUCUGUAGUUUUGAUUCCAUAUUUAUGAAUAAAAAUUAUUCCAAAGAGUCCCCUCA